UAGUUCUAACUUCUCAAGGGAGUUUCCAUUCUUCCUAACUCUCCAUCUCUCUGUUUCUCUCAGAGCUCGCUCGAUCAACCAUGGUGACUACUGCAAUUACACAGCCAAGUCAUUGCUGGAAACAUGUCAGCCUUGUAGUUGCAGUCUUUCUGUUGGGUUCAUCAGUUGUCUGUGGUAGUGGCAGCAUGAUAGUGGAAGAUGGGUUGAAGAGUUUGCAGAAAGUAGAGCUACCAGAAGGAGUGGAAGGGCCAGAGAGCAUUGCAUUUGACUGCAAUGGAGGAGGACCUUAUGUUGGUGUCUCUGAUGGCAGGAUCCUCAAAUGGCAUUCUUCUUCUGCUGCUGCUGCUCAACUUGGGGGGAAGUGGGUGGAAUUUGCCAUACCAUCCCAUAACAGGGACAGGAAGGCUUGUGAUGGGUCAACAAACCCAAAGCUGGAGCCCAAUUGUGGGAGACCACUGGGCCUGAAAUUCAACCCAUUAACCUGUGAGCUCUACAUAGCAGAUGCCUACUUUGGGCUACUUGCAGUUGGCCCACAGGGCGGUGUGGCUAAGGUUUUGGUUUCCUCUUCCCCUCAAGGAAUCCCUUUCAGGUUCUUAAAUGCUUUGGACAUCGACUCCACCACUGGGAUUGUGUACUUCACUGACACAAGCCUUUACUUCCAAAGAUGGGACUGGAUACUAUCGAUCAUAACUUCAGACAGGACGGGAAGACUAUUGAGAUACGAUCCACGCUCGAAAAAACUUGAAGUUUUAUCAGAAGGGCUGGCAUUUCCAAAUGGUGUGGCACUAAGCAAGGACGGAUCCUUCCUUCUGGUGGCAGAAUCAAGCACUAUGAGGAUCCUCAAGUUCCCAUUACUCCUUCUUCGCCAUGACGAUGAUCAUGAUCAGCUGAUGAGCAGCAGCUCCCCACUGGUGCCAGAGUUGUUUGCUCAGCUUGGGAGGUUUCCUGACAAUGUAAAGAGGAACCCUAGUGGGGAUUUUUGGGUGGCACUCAACUCUGGCAGAGGCAGGAUUGUUUCCAAUUCACCAGAAUCAGAAUCUUCUUCUUCUUCUUCUUAUGGUAGCUGGUUUUGGAAAAUGGGGCAGAAGAAGAAGAUGAUGGAUCCUGUGGGUGUGAAGCUGAGUGAAGAUGGUGAAGUGGUGAAGGUGUUGGAUGGAGGUGGUGGAGAUGCUUUGAAUUCAGUUAGUGAAGUUUUGGAAACAGAGGGAGGAGAAGGGGGUUUGUGGAUUGGGUCUGCUGUUCAGUCCUUUGUUGGUCGCAUUGUUACCAACUAAACUUGUACAAUGUAAAUUGUAUAUGGCCUAAUGAAGAACACCAUAAAUCCAUUGAGUUCAUGAUUCCAGAUAUUGAAAUUAUUUGACACCAAGGAAUUAAAUUAUUAAGUACUGUUUGUAUGGCGUCGACUGGGGAAAAGGUUGGAAUCUAAUAAAACUUUGUCAAGUUGCAUAGGCUGAUGAUGAAACUCCCACCAGCCAUUGUUGUGUCCUGUUUUCUUGGACUUCUACUCCACUCAUCUGCUGAGGUGCCACUUGAUCUCUGUGAUUCACUGAUCUUUCAGUAGAUUAUUUCACAUUUGUCAAACAUAUGUUGUCAAUCAGAUUUGAGUUUCGAAUUAGUGUCAUUAUUACGUUUUCUAAAUUAUCAAAAUGAAAAAAAAACUACGCAAAGAUGUAAGUAGAAAUUUGAACGAUAGUGAAUUGGGAUACAUUUUCAACCUUUCAUCGAUGCGAACAGGGUAACUGCCGAAUUUUAAUUUUUCACGAAUCUAAUGUCGAUAAAAAUAAGUAAGAGUUGCACUUGUUUUUGUUUUUCUAUUUCUCCAAUGAAAAUGGACGGUCCAACACAAAAGCAACUUUAUUGUGAAGGAGAGGCAAAAGCAUCAAACUCAUGUACAUAUUUUUGAGCAUAUGCCCAAUGCCUUGCGAAUAUUACAGUGCAUUGCAUAAAGGAGAAUAACACAAAUUAGGAAGAAAGUUAGUUAAAAAGUCUGUUAUUCCUUCCAUUAAUAAAUAAGUAGUGACGGUGAAGCUUAUGAGUUAUGAUUUUACACUUGUCAUUGUCCAAGUAAAUAUUAAAACACUAAUGAUUGUUGAAAGUGUAUUCUUUUGUUAGAUUCUUCUCAAAGGGUAUGACACUUUGGUUCUAACUUCUAAGUUCACCGGUAUUUUGACUUUUUUUGAAGGAAAAUUGUUUUUUCUUUCAACCUCUACAAAGGUACAUCGAUGUCGAAUGAACAUGGGAGUUGAUAGUUUUGAUGUGCGCGGGAAGUUAUGAUAACAUUUAUUAUUAUCACCACAAUUUUGUAAAUUUCUUUGACGUUCAUAAUUGGACAAUAUUAAUUUGCUUCAAAAUCAUCUCCCAAAUGUCAAGCAUCUCCCCCUUUUUUCUCUUUCAUUCGUACGAGUUUUGGUUCUCUAGUCCAUGAUGAUGUUUAACUUCAACCAUUGGCAUGCUUAUUUCGAAUCGAUCGUGCUCAAUUAUUCUUUUCAAGAUUGUCGAUUAUAGUUUAUGUCCAUAAUUCUCGGAAUACAGAAAAAUUAUAAUCAAAUUGAAAUUACAUG